GUAUUCGAGCUACCAUAUUACAACACCCGCCAACAUGUUGCUCGCAAGACUCCUCCUGCUGCCAUUUGCGGUCGCAUCGACCGUCACGCUCUAUGUCUCGUCCGUCCCUGCCUCGGAAGGCACCGCAGUCAUCCCAUCGGCAAUUCCCCUCGCACAGAUCGAGUACGAUGCAGACCAAUCCGUUGGCACAUUAACCUCAUAUGCACCACCGACUGGCUCCUACUCUGAAGAACACCUCCUUCGCGUUGGGCUCACAGACCCCAAGACUGGAUCUUGGCGGGGCAUCGUCACGUCAGCGGCCAGCUUCGCGGACCAAUACCACAAGAAGUUCAUUGUGCACGUUGAUGAGAACGGCGAGCCGUACCACGUGGGGUUCGGAACAAGCGCAAAGGGGAGCGGAGAGGAGGUCGAAGUCGAGAUUGUGAAGAGGAACCAGGGUCCCAAGCCGGUGCUGAACAAGCCUAUCGUGCUGAAUGCUGAGGGCAAGCUGGAGAGCAAGGAGCCUGAGAAGACGUUCUUGCAGAAGUACUGGUGGGCCAUUGCCAUUUUUAUUGUGGUACAGCUUGUAUCAAGCGGAGGAGAGGGAAAAUAGAUAAUGCGAGAAAAGACACUGAUGGAUCGAAUCUACACUUGGCCGCUACCUCACUUCACUUCAGCACGAUCUUGUAUGCGUCAAGCUUGUCGACAAGCUCACUACCCAUAACACCAUGGAUAUAGCAUUCGGUCACGAGUCUGUGCCGCUCACUGUCUACAGGUGCUAAAAUGGAGGGAAACAUAGCCCCAAGAAAGAUACAGCAAACAUCGCCAACUCUAAUAGGCUCGCCUUGUGCAAGUGCCACCCUUCCGUACUCUGUC